GAAGUACAUCACGUCUUUUGUAAAAUCUGUCCUGAUGACAAGUAUACCAUUGUCAGCUCAAACGGGAGCUUUGUGAAGUGCUCUCCUUGUGACACAUGUCAUCCUGGUUGGGGAUUGUAUCCUCUAUGUGGAACACAACUUACAAAUGAAAGAAUGUCUGAAAUAUCUUGCAAAGUAUGCCCUUCAGGCACAUUUUCUGCCGAGCUAGACUCUUCCCCUUGUAAAAACUGUCAACAGUGUGCCCCUCAUGAGAUAGCAUCUGCCAGUUGCACCAGGGUAUCGGAUACAAGUUGCAAUAAAACAUGUGAUAAGGGAUACUUCUUUGUUGAGGUCUCUCACAGCUGUCAACAAUGUUCAUAUUGUUGUUUUGACAAAAAAGAUGAACCACAGCCAGAAUGUAUCAAACAUGGGUUCAAUGCUACUGGUCAAUACUGUAGCAUUCGAUUGGAUAAGACUUGCACUCCAGUGCAUCCAACUACUAGGACAACCUUGCCAGCAAUUGUGACACGUAUAACGCAGUACCAUGACAAAUCAGCCCCUCCUGCUACCAGUGGAAAAGUACCUGGUGAUACUACUAAGAGCAGCACUCAGAAUACUGCCACAAUAGUACUUGGUGUGCUGGCUUCUAUAUUUGCCGCUGCACUAAUUGUUGGAUUCUUAUGUUGGAUAAUUAGAAGGAAGAUACAAAGGAGAAAGAGGGGGAUUGAUUAUGGUAAUAACAGCGAAGCACUGAAAGACACCAGCUAUGCUAGCAAAGGACCCACACUGUCAAAUUCCAGUACUGUGGUGCCAUUACCAUCCCCUAUAGUAAAAGCAUUACAGAUCAACUCAGGUUAUGCUCCAUCCUCUUCAGAAGAUGAUGAAGUAGAUGACCUGCGUAACCCAAAGGAUGAAUUACGAAAGAAGCGUAUUUUAAAACGACAAAUUAGUAAAGAAGCAGGAG